AUGAAUCCUGAAUACCCAUCGGAGUAUCCGGAAAACGAAUCAGCCAUAUUCAACUACGACUGGGUUAACCCCCCGUCCACGCAGUCUUCAGCGUUCGACUUUCCUGCUGACUCCCUCCCCCAUGAAGAAGUGGUCACCAGCGACCGGCCGAAUACUAAGGUCGCGAUUCCUCGAAUAGUCAACCCCGGUACUUGGACCACCAACAGUCGAGUUAGUCGGGCCUGUGAGAAUUGCCGUGAACAAAAAGCUAAAUGUAGCGGACACCGUCCUGUCUGUCAUCGUUGCAAGGAUGCCGACAUCCGGUGUUCGUACGGGGACCGGAAGCGGGAAAAGAUGGCCAAACAGCUGAGCGAGCUAACAGCCCAGGUGGAAACCUACGAAGCCCUCUUGCAAGAUAUCUAUCCUAGGCUAGAUACGCCGUCGGCCCUUCAUGUUGACCAAACUCUUAAAGAGCUUCCAGGCUCUUCUAUGCUCCACACCGCCCCCGAGGGCACGACCUUCGCCCUCGGGGCCAUCGACUACACCGAAGAAGACUUUAAUCGCGAUGAGAAACUCCAGGCUAUGGGAUAUGUGGGCGAGCACUCGGAAAUGGCGUGGUUGUACCGACUCAAACGGGACUUGGAGCAAGCCAGGACGCCGACCAGCAACAGAUCCGAUCGCCCUUCCAUCUCAUCGGUGAAUUAUUUCCAUGACGACCUCAAAAUAACAGUACUCGACGACGUUGACCUUCUGGCACGCCCCCCUCAACACGUCGCAAGUCAGCUCGUUGAAAGUUACUUCUCUACGGUGCACCCUACCUUCCCGAUCAUUGGCAUGACGACAUUCCUCGGACAGUACAAUUCCUUCUACACCGACCCCAACGUACGACCUGGAAAACGAUGGCUGGCUGUUUUGAAUUUGAUAUUUGCUAUUACGGCGAGACAUUCUCUUUUAAUGGGCCUUCCACCCCAUCCGGAGGUGGAGAGCUAUUUGGUAUACUUUACGCGAGCGUGGCGACUCGGGAUCGAUAAUGUGGCGCUACUUUCACAUCCGAACUUACAGCAGGUCCAAGUCGAGGGUUUAGCGGCUUUCUACCUUCUGUCUGUGGGCCAAGUUAACAGGUCAUGGAUAAUCCUUGGUGUUGCGAUCCGGUCCGCCGUUACAAUGGGGCUGAAUCUCCGCAGCGAGAGUAACACCAUUGGGCAUCUUUCGAAGGAGAUAAGAUAUCGGGUGUGGUGGGCGCUUUUUAUGUUGGAUACCGUGCUAUGCGUUAUGACCGGCCGACCGCCUAGCACCAGCGAUACUUUUUGCUCUACACCUCUCCCGUUACCGUACGCAGAGGAAGAGUUCAGCGACGAGCGUAUCAUGCGGCUUAUCUCUGAUCAACAAGCCCGGAAUGCGUUCAUGACUUCACUUCUCUCCACUGAGUCCGCAUUGACGAAUAACGAAAGCAACGCGAAUCGUCUCCAUUUCGGACAGCCCGAAAGCAAAGGAGAGCAGGCCGAGCAGAUUACCCAGGCUCUCGCCCCUAAUAUUUCACUAUACUUUUUAUACGCUGUGGAUUUGGCGUUCCUCACCCGCGAAGCAGUAGACACACUCUACGCACCUCGGGCGACGCGACGAUCAUGGCGAGAAAUCGAAAUCCAGAUAUUCACCUUAAACAGCAAUGCGGACAGAUGGCUUUCUCGUCUCCCAACAGAAUUCCAUUUUAUUGAACUCGAUGCAUCGCAGCCUUUCGCUCGGGAGCGUGCCAGCCUAGCAUUUCGAUUUUACACCACCAAGUUGAUCAUUUCACAGCACUGUCUUCGCCGCCUCACUGACCUAUCCGGUGCGGGUUCACCCGGACCCGUUUGUGAUACAAUGGCGGCUAUGUGCGUUCAAGUCGCAGGACAAAUCCUUGAUCUUCUACCUGAUGAAGUAGAUACCGCCUGGUUAUAUCAAGUUUCCCCUUGGUGGUGCAUCCUUCAUCAUAUCAUGCAGUCCAGCACGAUUCUUUUAAUUGCGCUAUCCACAAAACUCCACCCCGUCAUAUCGGCAGCGAUUAAUAUCGCAGAGAAAGUGAAGAAGGCUACCCGCUGGCUGAACGAGAUGUCUGUCAAAGAUCCUUGCUCGCAACGUGCUCUGCUCAUUUACAGGGAUCUGCUCUCGCGUCAUGCUUCUAAACUUGGAUUGGAAACUGACAUCGGGCUCUAG